AUGGACACCAAGUCUCUUCAGACCACGGGCCAGGAGACAGAGCCGUACACCGAGAAGCAGACGGAUGUGGUGCAGGCCGGAGAGACGUAUACUCCCGAAGAGGAAAAGGAGGUGCUUCGCAAGAUUGACAUGGCGGUUCUUCCCAUGAUUUGUAUUGUCUUCUUUCUGCAAUACCUUGACAAGCAAAGCUUGAGUUAUGCAGCUGUGUUUGGCCUCAUCGACGACCUCGACUUGACCCCAGUCCAAUACUCCUGGUGCAGCUCCAUAUUCUACAUUGGUCAGCUCGUCGCUGAGUUCCCUUUCAUCUACCUGAUGAGCCGACUUCAUCUGACAAAGUUCGUUGGCGUUACCGUCGUCAUCUGGGGCAUUCUGUGCAUGUGCCUCGCCGCGCCAAACAGCUUCGCCGCGUUUGCAACUGUUCGAUUUCUACUCGGAUUCACCGAGGGUGCCGUGUCUCCAUCCUUCAUUACCAUCACCAGUGUCUGGUACCGGAAGAGCGAACAUGCGACGCGAACAGCCCUGUGGAUUACCAUGAACGGUCUCGCCCAAUGUGUCGGGUGUCUGCUGAUGUACGGCAUUGGAAAAAACGAGAGCCUCGCUAUUGCCCCAUGGCGCGUACUUUUUAUCGUCUGUGGCGCCCUGACCGUGGCCGCCGGCAUCCCGUUCUACCUCUACAUGCCCAACGGUCCCCGCGACGCCUGGUUCCUCAACGACCGCCAGAAGCACAUCCUGUCUCUUCGCAUGGUGCAGGAUCGUGAGGGUGGAGACAAGACACACUUCUCGGUGCCCCAGCUGAAGGAGGCCCUCCUGGAUAUCAAGUCUUGGUUUAUCUUCUCGUUCGGUGUUUUGGUGACCAUGCAGUCGCCUGUUCUCACAUUUGCCUCUCUCGUCAUCAAGUUUUCCGGAUACACUCCACUGCAGACGAUGCUUUACACUGCGCCAUCCGGGGCUGUGCAGAUAGCUAUGCUUUGGGUCGGAGUGCUUGGCUGCAUCCUGCUGCCGCGCAACCGCACCAUCGUGGCCUUGUCUGUCAUCAUUCCCCCAAUUAUUGGCAACGUGUUCCUUUUGAAGCUGGAUGUCCAUGCCGGUUGGGCCUUGAUAGUGGCUGCCUGGUUGUCGUCGUGCAUCACAGCUCCCUGGUCCAUCCUACUCUCCCUGACCGCUUCUAACGUCAAGGGUAACACCAAAAGAUCUGUUGUCAACGCCAUGUUCUUUAUCGGAUACUGCGCUGGCUGCAUUGCUAGCCCUCAGUUGUGGACGAAAGGCCCCCGGUACUUCGAGGGUGUUAUCGCAGCUAUUGUAACGUGGUGUCUGCUCUUUGCAUCCAUCACCGCGUACCGUAUCGUCUGUACCAGAGAUAACAAUCGCCGAGACAAGGCUACGAUCGAACAGGAUCAGUCAUCGGACACCCAACAAGAGACGGUUUUGGACGCCACUGGAGCCGCAGGAGAUGACCUUACAGAUAAGGAGGACAGGCAAUUCCGCUACAGCUGGUAA